CGUCGUACUAAGUACAUCGAAGUAUAGUUGUCUAAUUUUGUUAGUAUUCGAUAUUACUAAUUAUCAAUGUCAAUAUUAUUAAUAAUAUUACAGUAGUAAACAGUGCAUUCUUUAGAAAACCGCGAGAUACAAUAAACUUUCGAUGCGUAUAUCGUAGUGACACAAAAACAAUAAAUUAAUUAAAGAGAAAUUUCAUACAAUUCAUUGCCAUGCAUUUAUGUAGAUAAAUUUUUGUUUUUUAUGGAGAAUUAUAUAUAUUAUAGAAUAUAGUUUAUAUUAUAUUUCGAUUAAGUUAAAACCAAUCACCAUACAGACAUACAAAAAACAAGGAAUAGCCGUAGAUCGAAUGGCAUUAUGGAAAACCCACAUAAAAAAAUGAUGACGUCAUGUACUAAUGUGUCAGAACAGGCACAUCAUGUAUCAAGAACAAAACGUGGUCAAGCUAUAGGUCAUGUAAGAGGUUUUCGUGGAUGUACAGUAUGGUUGACUGGUCUCUCAGGAGCAGGAAAGACUUCUAUAGCUUUUCAAGUGGAAGCAAUACUAGUUGAUCAUGGAAUUGCAGCAUACGGGCUUGAUGGAGAUAAUGUCAGAAGUGGUUUAAAUUGCAAUCUUGGCUUUAGUAAAGAAGAUAGAAAAGAAAAUAUAAGGAGGGUUGCAGAAGUUGCAAAGCUAUUUGCAGAUAGUGGACAAAUUUGUUUAUGUAGCUUUGUAUCGCCAUUUGAAGAAGAUAGACAAAUGGCAAGGCAAAUACACAAAGCCUCGGAUCUUCCAUUCUUUGAAGUUUUUGUUGAUACUCCGCUUAAUGUUUGCGAAGCUAGAGAUACAAAGGGACUUUAUAAAAAAGCACGACAAGGUGCUAUAAAAGGUUUUACUGGUAUAGAUCAGAUGUAUGAAAGACCUAUUAAUCCUGAUUUGGUGGUAACCACAGAGAACUGUACUUUAGAAGAAUCAGCUGCAACGGUGAUCGAUCUUCUGGAAAAACAGUGUAUCAUACCAGUAUUACCAAAACCUACUGCACCUAUAAGAGAACUGUUUGUUCCAGAAUCCAGAAUUGCUUCUGCCAAAGCAGAAGCAGACACUUUACAAAGUGUAGAAAUUACAAAGAUCGAUAUACAGUGGCUUCAAAUUCUAGCAGAAGGAUGGGCACUCCCACUUACUGGUUUCAUGAGAGAAAGCCAAUAUCUACAGACUCAACAUUUGAAAUGUCUACUUGAAGGUGGAAAAGAAGUAAAUCAGUCUAUUCCUAUAGUUCUUGCAAUAAGUACUACAGAUAAACUUCGUUUGGAGGGACAUUCAGCGAUAACACUUAAAUAUAAAAACAAGGCUUUGGCAAUAUUACGAAGACCAGAGUUUUAUUUUCAUAGAAAAGAAGAAAGAUGUGGGUGGCAAUUUGGGACUAACAACUUAGGUCAUCCAUAUGUGAAGAUGAUUUAUGAAUCAGGAGAUUGGUUGGUAGGUGGGGAUAUAGAAGUUCUAGAAAGGAUUAAAUGGCACGAUGGUUUUGAUAUAUAUAGAUUAACACCAAAUGAAAUUAGAGCAAAAUGUAGAAAAAUGAAAGCUGAUGCAGUAUUCGCAUUUCAACUUAGAAAUCCUAUACAUAAUGGUCAUGCCUUACUUAUGCAGGAUACAAGAAAACGUUUACUUGAAGAAAGAGGUUUUAAAAAUCCUGUACUAUUAUUACAUCCACUAGGAGGUUGGACGAAAGAAGACGAUGUACCUUUACAUACAAGAAUUAUGCAACAUAAAGCUGUUUUAGAAGAGGGUGUACUUGAUGCAAAUUCUACUUUGCUAGCUAUUUUUCCAAGUCCUAUGAUGUAUGCUGGUCCUGUUGAAGUACAAUGGCAUGCCAAGGCCAGAAUGAAUGCAGGUGCAAAUUUUUACAUUGUGGGUAGAGACCCAGCUGGUAUGCCACAUCCAAAUAAGAAAGCUACACCUGAUGGUAAUCUCUAUGAUCCUACUCACGGUGCGAGAGUUCUUUCAAUAGCACGAGGUUUACAAAGCUUAGAAAUCAUUCCAUUUAAAGUUGCGGCAUAUGAUAAGAAAAAUAAAAAAAUGUCCUUUUUCGAUCUAGAACGGAAACAAGAUUUUGAUUUUAUAUCAGGAACGAGAAUGCGUGAUUUAGCUAAAGCAGGAAAGUGUCCACCUGAUGGUUUUAUGUCUCCGAAAGCAUGGAACAUCCUUGCACAAUAUUAUCAAAAUGUAAAUAAGAAUUAAUUAGAAUUCACUUAGAAUAAUUUUAUAAUAAUCUAUAAAUUAGACCACUUCAUACAGUGCAAUUAGUCUAUUUACAUCUUCUUAUACCUCUUAUACGAUUGACAUAUGCCACACUAUACAAAAGUAAGAGCGAUAUGGUUUUAACUACAUGUUUGUACAUGUAUAUUUAAAAUUUUUCUCUUGUACAGCAUAAUAUCGGGAAUUUAUCCCUUCAUUAGAUAGGUUGAUGUCUAUUUGCAAUGAU